CCAAUAUACAAAAAAAAAGACAAUUGGCGGCAACUGGAAAAGUUCCGAUUGUGGUUUUCUUGUUGUUAAUGUUUUAAAGUGUUUCUUAUUUUCACAAAAUGGCCAGUGACGCAGUUCUAAAAUACUUAUUAGAUACAAAUAGGCCUUAUUCAUGUGCAGAUGUUACUGUGAAUUUACGGGGUGCAUUUACAAAAGGCGCAGUCCAAAAAGCAUUAGACGCGUUGAGUGAUAAUGCCAAAAUCAGAUGCAAACUGUACGGCAAACAAAAAGUUUAUGCUGCUUUACAGCCUGAUAGUUCUGAAGGAGAUAAUAAUGUUGAAGACUAUGAUACUCAACUGAAAGCACUAAACGCCAGCUUAGCAGAAAAAACAAACUCCUUAAAAACAGCUGAAACAACUCUAAAGAACCUAACUUCUUUACCAACUAACAAAUUAGCAAAAACUCAAAUAGAGGAAAUUGAAAAAAGAAUUGUUGUGUUUGAGAAUAAAUUAGCAACACUGAGAAGCUCCACUGAAGUUAUUGGUGCAGAUGAAAAAAAAAAACUAUUAUGUGAACAUGAAAAAUUAUUGAAAGAAUACAGGAAACGCAAAAGAAUAAGUUCAGAGAUUCUGGAUGCAAUUCUGGAGGAAUAUCCCAAGUCUAAGAAGACAUUGUUAGAAGAACUUUGCAUUGAAACUGAUGAGAUGGUCAAUUUUAAACUAAUGUCUAAUACAUAA